UUUGCUGACUCCCCCUCGCUGAACUUCGUGUGGCGGACAGCUGAGCUAGAGAGAGAGAGAGAAAGCAAACGCCAGAAUAAAUCGCACCCCGUUUUGUUGUGAUGUUUCUUUGCAGUCUGCUAGGAUGAAGGCCGGGCUGGUGGGAGCGGUGUUGCUCUUGGCUCUGGGCUCACUCUGCUGCGCCAGCGAGGGGAAGAAGAAGCUGCAGAUCGGGAUUAAGAAGCGGGUGGAUAACUGCCCAAUGAAGUCGCGCAAGGGAGACGUCCUGCACAUGCAUUACACCGGUAAGCUGGAAGAUGGCACAGAGUUUGAUAGCAGCCUUCCACGAAACCAGCCGUUCACCUUCACCCUGGGCACAGGGCAGGUCAUCAAAGGAUGGGACCAAGGGCUUCUUGGGAUGUGUGAAGGAGAGAAAAGAAAGCUGGUCAUUCCUUCUGAACUGGGGUAUGGAGAUAGGGGAGCCCCACCAAAAAUUCCAGGUGGCGCUACUCUGGUCUUUGAAGUGGAGCUGCUGAAGAUCGAAAACCGAUCGGAACUGUAAAUCGAUCUUGGAAAAACCAAAUCCCUCACACUGCCACAAUAAACAGCUGCGUUUCAGCAACAUGCUUACUGAUUCGAGGUGCAACCAAACGACUGCUGAACUAUUGUCAGACUUGCAGAUACCUCCACAAAGGUAGCCUUCGCGGGUGUACUGCAAAACUGUAUACCAACCAGAAAUACAUGGUUAUAUUGUUAUUGUUAUUUUGUCAUUUUAGCAGACGCUUUUAUCCAAAGCGGCUUGGAGAGGAGGGGGUGAACUGCGCAUCGCAUCUGCUGUUGCAGAGUCACUUCCAAUAGGACCUCGUUUUUUCUCAUACGAACAUAUUUCUUAUUUCUGUUGGAAGAACGUAGUUUGUUUGCAGACUUUAGUUGCAGUCGCGCUUCUUCCCCAGCAGAUGUCGCUGCUGUGCAGGGAAUAGCUCCUCUGCUUCCAAUAGGACCCCGGUUUUCCUCAUGGGAAGCAUAUUUCUGCUGGAAGAAAAUGUAGUUUUGCGACUUUAGUUGCAGUCGCGCUUCUUCCCCAGCAGAUGUCGCCGCUGUGCAGGGAAUAGCUCCUCUAAUGAAACGCCCUUGGAGGAAUGUAUAUAUUGACACACACGUGGCAAUUUCUCACGGCGCUUUGUCAUCUUGACAGCUGAAGCGGUUUAAUAGUCUUUCCUGGUUCUAAAUUCUGCAGUUCUCUCAACGAUUGAAUCUGCAAAGUGUUUCUGUAUACGCCCUAAAAUAUUCCUUUAGGUAAACGCAAAUACAUUCCACAGUCGCGCACUUCUGUAACAGGUUACAGUACCUGCCCACGUUGUUUUCUUUUCUGUAACACAGACUGUUAGCGUUGCAGAAGUUAAAAAAAAGCCCCUUUCCAGAUGACAGAAGCGAGCGGUUCGCUCAUUUUCGGUUUGUUUGUUGCUGUUUCCAGUCCAGGUAUGUUUUAACAAAACGCGAGGGGUGGGGUGGAAAAAAUAAAGGCCAGAAUGUGACUCGCCUGAGUGAUUCAGUCCUGUCUUGAUGGUUUUUUGUAAAAGCAUUAGAAACAGCUGAUCUGCGUCAUACUAUUUGAAUAAAACACGUUCACAACUAA